AUGGAGAUGGCAGAGUCAAUCAAGGCCUUCUUCAACCAUUCGCUUGACCUUUAUGCGCUUGUUUCGGCAAUCCGCGACGACCCAACCAGCAACAACGUCCAAGAUGAGCGUCUCUCCAAGGUCGUCUCCCAGUUUGAAGGCCUCGUGACUCGGCUUUCUUCAGCCAGGUCUGGUUCAUCCUCCGUGCCAGUCUCCAUUGACGACAAGCCCUUGGAGGGGCGUCUGGAUCUGUUCAAGGCAGCUCGCAAAGUGUCGCAAGAUGUUUUGCUUCACCUAAAGCGAUCCGAGCAGAUGAAUGCGCACGGUACCCCGACAACCGUUGAGGUGUCGGGGAAGCUCGUAUGGACAACCACCGACAUCGAGGCGCUAGCUGGCCGCGUCAUGGAAAUCCAAAGCCAGUGGAAUAUCAGCCACGCAGGGACACCGGAUAUCGUACCAAUAUCUUCUGAGCUUAUAUCCCGCCAUGACACAUUCGCCGUCCAAGAACCCAGCUCGGCGAGGGAGAAGAAAGUAUCAGCUUCCGAACAGGAUACAUCUGGCCGCAACCCAACAGGCAUACUGAUCGAUUUCAUUCUAGAAAGCCUUAGCUUCAAGUCAAUGAAAACGCGCGAGGAGGAGGUAGCCGAGGCAUAUGGCGACACCUUCGAUUGGAUAUUCAAAUAUCAGUCUUCCAAGGAGGGCGAUGCUCAUCUAGGAGAUCGGUUCACAUCUUGGCUCAGUGGCAGUGAUCUCGGAAGUAUAUAUUGGGUCACGGGGAAACCUGGAUCUGGCAAAUCGACUCUCAUGCGAUAUAUCGCUGAGCAUCGCUCUACACGCCGCCACCUGAAGACAUGGGCAGGGAAUUACCAUCUUGCCACCGCUGUCUUCUACUUCUGGACAAGUGGUUCUGAAGAGCAAAGAUCCCAGACGGGUCUACUCCGAUAUCUUUUGCACCAGUUACUUUCUUCGGAUGUCAACCUUAUUCCCAAAGUUUUCCCAGAUCUGUGGCAGAAACUUACAGCCAUGGAAACUCGAGCUAGAAUCAGAUUUGUCCUCGAGUGGACGAUUCCAGAUCUCAUGAUCGGAUUUCAACGAUAUCUCGGAGAGGCAUUGUCAAACACGAAGAUUUGUCUUUUUGUAGAUGGCCUUGAUGAGUUUGAGGGUGACCACCGAGCCAUCGUCCAAUUCUUCAAAACUCUAUCGGAGGGAUCUGGAAGCUCGCACAUCAAGUUAUGUCUCUCAUCACGUCCUUGGGAGGUCUUCGAGAACGCGUUCGAGUACUCCGUGCCGAAUCUGAAGCUCCAGGACUUGACUUUCCAGGAUAUGACGCAGUAUGUCCGCGACAAUCUGAGUAAGAGCAAACCUUUCCAAGGGGAUGAGACCGAAAAAGAAGCAAUCACCAAAAAAAUUGUCCAACAGGCGGACGGUGUCUUUCUAUGGGUUCGGCUAGUGGUCAGAAAACUCAUCGAACAUCACGUCAAAGCAAUCACCUUCCCAGAGCUUCAGGCCUAUGUACGCGAAUUUCCGUCGGACUUGGAUCAGCUUUUUCAGAAGCUCUUGUUUGUGGACCAGACAAAAGACCAACUAGUUGAAUCUACACACAUAUUCGAACUUGUCAGAGCACGAGAGGUUGUGGCAGCAUUCGUCAAAGAUGAGUCCUCCAAUGCCUUGUCUCUCUGGCAGAUCGCAUUCGCUUUGAAUUCGCAUGAUGAAUACGCUGCGUUGAACGCAAAAGUUAUCGAAAGCAAUGUGGAAGAAACCGUUGAGCGUUGCAAUCUCAUGAGGGCUCAAGUCAUCUCUCGGUCUGCUGGUUUGCUCGAGGCAUACGACAAUCGCACAACUGGAAAUAUGUUCGAGUCAUCGUCAUCUAAGGCUAAUCAGAUGCUCCAAAGACUUGCAUCACAAAAGGUCACCUAUGUCCACCGAACAGUCCGCGAUCAUUUGAUGUUCCACGCAGGCGCUUGGCACAAGCUGACCUCGUAUGCCUCGAGUAGCUUUGACCCUCACCUACGUCUUAUUCGCUCUCAUGUGCUACAGUUGAAGCAUUCUUUGGAGCCAAUCGAGCAUCAUAGACGAUUGGAUGAAUGGUAUCCCGACAUUGCCUUAUCGCUAACACAUGCGCGAUACAUCGCAGACAGUCAUGAAGCCGAGCAGUGCCUCCUCAUCGACGAGCUUGAGAAGACGAUCAGUUGGUAUUGGCAAUCUCGUCCGGGUGAUAAAUACGAUCACUGGGCUCGUAGCUGCUUUGGUUCUUACGAGAGCCGCAAGGGGAACAAGAUGAUAAUACUGUUCCCAUUUCUGGCUCUCUGCACCAAGUUCGGUUUGGAGCAUUACGUUCUCCGAACUAUUGACUCCCUCGCCACUUCCACGGAAGUCAAGAAUUACUUCAAAGAGUAUGAGCAUGACGUAAAGAACGAGCCAAACAAGAUUGUGGAACAAACGCCUCUCCUGUCAUAUGCUCUUGAAUUCCUGACUUCCCGACAGAAGACGAUCAUGCCUCUCUCGUCGCGCUCUUUUGUUGCGUCGCUUCUGCGGAGUCACCAUCUAGAUCAUCCAAUCCUGGGCCCUUUGAUUGGUACCCCGAAUGCCAUCUUUGACUCACCACUCACCGGCCAAAGAGAGGUCACGCCUUGGAUUCUUGUAUUAAGUCAUUUGCGUGAUGCAAAGAGAAGAGGGUGGAUUGAGCCUUUUGAUAUUAACCCCGAGGGAACAGGAAGGUGGACUGAUAUUGUUCGCAUGAUGUUACAGGACGGUAAAGCUGACAGAAAAGCAUUCCUCAAAUGGAAUGGAUUUGAUGAGGAGGCAUAUGCCAAAGAUGUAAUCGUUGAUCAGCUUGGGGUGGUCGGUGAUAAGUGGAUUGAUGGGUUGAAGGUAUUUUUCGAGGAAUAG